ACAAACACAGCGAGUGGCAAGACAGACAUGGAGCAGGGAGGAGUGGCAGCGCCACGGGACAAGAUCCAGGCCUUGAGGGAUCAGGUAGAUGAAGUCCGAGACAAGAUGAAGGAGAAUAUGGAACAGGUCAUUGAACGUGGGGAAAAGGGGCUCGACCUGCUUGCCAAGGCAGAGGAAAUGGAAAAAGGGGCUCAGCACUUAACGCAAAUGACUCGAAAAAUGGCUCGCACCUACUGGUGGAAGAACGUCAAGAUGAUCGUGGUCAUCGUGGUGAUCGUCCUCAUCAUCGUGCUCGUCAUCAUCCUGCUGGCCACCGGAGUCAUCCCUGUCAGCUCCUCUACGCCUCCAACGCCUCCUGUAGUUCCUCCCACCAAGCCAUAAGAGAUGCACACACACACACACAAUGUAAAUACAAUCAUAAACAAUUGCACAUUAUACAAAGUAAUAUAUCGACUAAAGCAAAUUACUGUUGUCUGGUGAAACCUUUAUUACUUCUAAGUUAGUUUCCACUGGUUAACGUCAUGCUUUUAUUAGAAUUCAACAACUUCCUGCUUUUGGUUUAGGGAACUUGAUUGGCAUAUGUGGCUUGUGAGACCUUUAAACACAAUUUAAGCUUAGCUUUUUUUUCAAACGUUUCUGAGAAAUUAAACAAAAGUGUCUGGAAGGUGUUAGGUCGUCGCUGUUCUCAGAGGAUGUGUCAUAUCACCACAUAUAGUCACUCCUAUCAUCAAGCCAUAAGACACAGACACACACACACACGCACACACGCACACACAGACUCUAUACAUACAGUACAUAGUUAAUUCUUAUACAAACAAAUUGCUGUUGCAAAGUUUACAAAGUACUACUCAUUUUGUAUACUAAUCCAAAUUAAAUCAGGCAAUCUAGAAAAAAUGUAUCAGUGGCAAUCUAUU